AUUGUAAUAGAAAUGUCAAAUGAACUAUGCUCAGAAAGCAAAUUAAUAAAACAGGUUUCCAUUUUUAGUGCAACAAUCGCAGUCUAGAAAUGUAAAACGAUACAUGUGCCUACAAUAUUGACUAUAACUACAGCAAGAGAAAAUGAGGUGGUCUCUUGAACUACAGUGGUUUCAGGAGCUUUAUCUACUGGUCAGCGGAAUUACUCCAAAAAGUUUACAGGUGACGGAAGGACAUCAUGUGCAUAUCAUUUGCAUAUCUGCUAAACCACCCCAAUCUCCGGGUUAAAAUUACAGGAAUUCAGCAAAUAUUACACACGUUAAAAGCUCUACUCUUGUUACGCAGGCUACAUUACGACAUCUUGAAGGCUGGAAAGACAAGAUGACCUUCCUUGCCGUGGUUUUUGCCCUCGUGCUUGUUCCUGCAAGCGACGCAGCACUCCCAAAUGUUGGCAGCUGCACUUUCAUGGAGUACUACUGUGAUGGCCUUAAAUGCAGCACGCUGUUUUACCAAAGUCUCCAAAAAGACCCAAACGGAGAUUGCAGUGCUAAAUACAACCGACUUGUGGAUUGUGUGAGCAAGUCGAUACAGAUUUGUUUUAACCACGAGCUGCCUGAAAGCCAGGUCAGAGGAAUUGUUUACCAAUCUUUCAAAGAAAGCGCAUUAUGUACUGAUGGUAUGGCGGGGAUACCCACCAUGCCCCCGGGAUCAGCUGGCCUUCCGUGUUCUGCUUCGUUCAGCAGUAAUGCAGACGCAUGCGUGAAAACAUUCCACGAAAAGUUCGCUGCAGAUAAGUCGGACCCGUCACUUUGCCCGGAGCAAGCUAAAGCAAAGAAGUGUUUGAAGAACCUGAUAGAUUCGGAUUGCACGUUUCCAUCUCUCCUCCAGGAAGCGUUAGACUUGGAUCUCGGCGACUACAAUCCUUUCUGUCCCAACCGUCGGGACCCUGGGGCGACUGGAAAGGAUCAGUGCGAUGGCGUGAGAGAUCUGGACAACCCGUUCAACGCAGCCGCUGGCCUUAAACCUAGUGUCGUGCAGGUUCUGUUGUUUUCUUUUGUUUCGCUGUUGCUCUUUGUUAAGAUUUGAAACAACAGAGUACGGUGAUAUUCAUCCUUAUAAGUGGAAGCGUUUUUAGUUUAAAACAACAACUUGUUUUGUUUUCUAUAAUAUAAAAUUUAGCACGAGUAUAAAGGCGGCCCUUAGGUGUUAACUGUUUUAUGAUAAGCUAUGUAGCGAAAUUGCACUUUUUUUUAACUAAUAAAUGUUUUUGUUUCAAUCACAUCAGACUUCUCUGUUUAUUAGCGCCAUUAUAAAUUAUUCUGAGAUCUGCGUUUUUGUAGAUAAAAAAUCAAGUUCAAUGUGCCAA